GGAAAUAGUUAAAACUUAAAAGAGGGUUAAAAGUUUAAACGACGGUUAGAGAGAAAUAGCGAAUUUCAUCAGAAUCAAAUCCUCUAAUUUCUUGAACGUAGAAAUUGGUCCUAAAACCCUAGUCUGGUGCGACAGCGAGUGCUGAAAAUGCCAAACGCUGCAUCACUGCCUGCAACAACACAAGGUGAGGCCGAAGCUGACGAUGGUGCAAUACAGCGCCUCAAAUUGGCUAAAACCACUCACGAUAGCGACAACAAGAAGCCUGCAGGAAGGAGACUCAAAGAUGCUGAAGUUAGUGUUCCUAUAGUAUAUGGGACAAUCGCAUUUUACCUUGGGCGAAAGGCUAGUGAGUCUCAGUCACAUAAGUGGACUGUCUACGUUCGUGGGGCAACAAAUGAGGAUCUCAGUGUGGUGAUAAAGCGAGUUGUAUUCCAACUGCAUCCCAGUUUCAAUAAUUUUACCAGAGUUGUUGAUUCCCCUCCGUUUGAAUUAACAGAGUGUGGCUGGGGUGAAUUUGAAAUAGCCAUAUCCCUUUGCUUCCAUGCAGAUGUCUGUGAUAAGCAGUUGGAUUUGUAUCACCAUUUGAAGUUGUAUCCUGAAGAUGAAUCUGGUCCACAGACAACAAAAAAACCAGUUGUUGUGGAAUCCUACAAUGAAAUUGUUUUUCCAGAACCUUCUGAGAAUUUUUUGGCUCGUGUGCAGAAUCAUCCUGCUGUAAUAGUCCCCCGGUUGCCUGCCGGAUUUAAUUUACCUACUCCUGUGCCAUUUGAAGAUAUGAACCGUAAGGAGAGAAGUGACACCAAAGAACAUUUGCUUAGUCAGUGGUUCACGAAUUUCUCAGAGGCGGAUGAGCUUUUGAAACUUGCAGCAGCUCGUCAGCAGGUGCAAGCUCACAUUAUCAAGCUAAGAAGACAAUUGAGCGCGAUUGAUGGCGCAACACAGCCACCGAAAGCAACAGCGACUUAUGAAUACGCAUGAUUAUGGAGUUUCCUCAUCAAGUCUGAACACUCAAGAAAUGCUUGUGGUAACUGGAUGUAAACCAUGGAGUAGCUCUUCUUGUGGGACUGUCUUUAUUAGUUAUUGUAAAGAUAAGAAUGACUUAAGUAUCUACUGUAGAAAGUUGCCUUAACAUUUCGCGAUUAGAGAAGGUAAAUGUAAAAAUUCAUUCUCCAUCUAGGAUUUUAGAUGUAUGAGUAGGAGAAGAAA